AUGGUCGACGUCCACACGCCAGUUAACGGCGACAGCGCCGAGCAGGCCGAGACCUCGCGCGAUGGCCUGAGGCGGAUGCAGCGCCUCACCGACGCGAGCCGGUCCCGUACCAAUCCCUACUCGACCGCAUUCAACCCCCUCACGUCGUCGCUCAUCUACCCGCCAUCGGGCACGGGCACGCACCACGUCAUCACGUCCGUGUUCGCCGACACCCCGCCGCGACCGCUGCCCUUCCCGCCUGUCCUCUCCAGUUCGGGCCUGCUGUCCCUCUCGCCCGACGGCGCCUGGAUGGUCGGGUACCACAGCGCGCCGAGCCUGGCCAUGCACGGUGGGCCCGUGUUCAAUGGCGACCUCUUUGUGUUCUCGUCCCAGAUCCUCGACUCGGGGAUGACCAUGGGCCAGUUCAUGCCCGCGGCCACGUUCCCCAUUGGCGUAACCACGCCGCUGUCCGGCAUCUACCUCUACCCGCCGCGCACGCGGCUCGGCCCCGGUGGCCAGCGCGCCGCGCCGGCACUGGGACCCGCCCCGCCGCCGGGGUAUGCCGCGUCCAAGUCGCGCGGCCCGACGUGCCUCUUCAUGACGGCCGACGUGCUGUAUUUCCUCCAUCCGCAUCCCGUGCCAGCGACGGUGGUGCUCGACACGCAGUCGAGCGCGGCUGUCCCCGGCGAAUCAAUCUCGGCGGCCGGAGGCAGCGACGCGGCGCCGCUCAACUGGACGAUCAACGCGCUGAAGUGUCCCCUCGGGUCGCGGUCCUAUACGGACCUCUCGAGCACCGCGCAGGUGGCGCCGUUGCCGGCGUUUGGCGCCCAGCGGGGCUGGUUCGGCAUGGUCGGCGGCAGCGACGGUGUAUGGGCCGCCGUGGAGAAGGACGGCGAGGUGCAAGUGAUUCGAGUGGACAUUGGGCUUGACGCAAACAACAUGCCAUACAUGUCGACGACCCCGCUGCCUGCGCUCCCGCGCCCGCAGGUCCCACCGUUUGCCGACUCAACGGCCGUGUUCGAGUCGCACCUGCAGGACCUCGUCUUCGUCCCGCUCAAGGACCACGGUGUGAUGAAUGGCUCGGCCGACGAUAACAAGAACGACGACGGCGCCAUCGGCUGUGUGCUCGUCUACCGCGACGUGGACGACACCAUCCCUCCGUCGCGCUGCCGUAUGCGCUUUGAGCUCGUCGAGAUCCGCCAGCGGCCCGUCACUGUCGUGGACGGGUUCAAGGACCUUGGAUCGGGCGACGACGCCGCCUCGCCACUCGACUGGCUGCCGUCGCCGACGGCCCGACGCACCGCCAUGUCGCCCGAGGGCACAAACAUUCUCUCGCUGACGCCGCUCCCGGACGUGCCGCCGCACACCCUCGCCCUCGCGCUCGUCUCCAGCCCCACAGGCCUGUCGCUCACACACGUCAACCUCGUGCCUCCGUCCGAGGCCUCUGAUAAAGAUGCCGACGGCGCCACCCGCUGGCCCGCGCUCGUGGGCGAAGAGUGUCCCCUGGACAUGUGCCUGGUCCUCGCGGAUGUCGUUGCAACACCCUCGCAGGGUACACGGCGCGGCGAGAUGGGCCUUGUCGCGAUCUUUGGCGGCUCGCGCCCGCGCCUUGUCCCAUCCCCGCGACUGGGUGCGGCCGCCCACCCCGUCGAGACGGUCAAGCACGUCGCCGAGCGCGCCGCGCGCUCCAUCGAGCUGGCCGUCGUCCAAGGUGUGGACUGGAGCGACUCUGUGCGCGCGGCGUUUGCGACCGUGCCUCGUGGCGAGGCCGGUGACCUGGCGUCGGCCAUCCUCGACAAGGCGCUCAGCCUCUUCAUCCAGCAUUCGCGCAGCUACGUCCCGCACAUUCUCCGCCUGCAAGUCGCCGUGUGGGCGCUGGCCGAGGACCCGCGCAUGCAGGUCGCGGCCGAGCUCAUCCGUCUCGGCGAGGCCGGGCAGAUCAUGUAUCUCUGCGGUGACGAGCGCGACGGCGUCAUCUCGUUUGAUCUCGACUCGGUGUGGAACCUCGUCGACAUCUUUGAGUUUGCCCUCGGCGCCCUGGGCGGUAUAUUCCGGGAUGCCGUCGCCGAAAAGGCCAGCGCCGAGUGGUCGCCCGGUGAACCGCGCACCGAGGGUUCCACGCGCGUCCUGUACCUCAUCCACCCGCUCCUGCGACGUAUCCUCGUCCGCCUCGUCGCCCUUCUCGCCGCGUUUGCGAAAUUCGUCGCCAACCUCGACCGGCCCAUCCGGCCCCCCGACUCUGCCUUCCUCAUCACGCGCUCGGCGCCCGCCAGCGCCGUCGCUGCUGCGAGGGUACAGGACGCGCUCGUGCGCGAGGGCGUCGACCUCGCGCUGUGGGGCGACGUCCUCGCGGCAUUGAACAAGGCCCCACGGCCCAACGACGCCGACACCGUCGCGUCCUUGCUCAAACUCGACCUGGCACCCAUCGCCACCCUCCUCCCGCCCUUACUGGCGUCCCUGCCCACCCCGUCGUCGCUGUUCACGUACCCUACCCCAAGCCCGGAACGCGACGGCGCGACGUGCGCCGUCAUUGGCGACAUGCCCACGGCGCACUGCGACCGGUGCGGCGCGCGGACGGUGCUGCACGUCCACAACGUGAUGCGCGGCGGCGUGCCGUCGCCAUGGAGCGCGUGGCGGCGGACGUGA